CGGUGCAUGCCGGGCCGGCGGCGGGCGUUUCCUGUGCUCCCAUCAUGGCUGCGGCAUUGGUUCCCGGUUUCUGGCUCUGGGCUGCGCUGCUUUUCCCUGCGGCCGCGGUCUAUGAAGACCAAGUGGGCAAGUUUGAUUGGAGACAGCAGUAUGUUGGGAAGGUCAAGUUUGCCUCCUUGGAAUUUUCCCCUGGAUCCAAGAAAUUGGUUGUGGCCACAGAGAAGAAUGUGAUUGCAGCAUUGAAUUCUCGCACUGGGGAGAUCUUGUGGCGCCAUGUUGACAAGGGCACGGCAGAAGGGGCUGUGGACGCCAUGCUGCUGCACGGACAGGAUGCAAUCACUGUGUCCAAUGGAGGCCGAAUCAUGCGUUCCUGGGAGACUAACAUCGGGGGCCUGAACUGGGAGAUAACCUUGGACAGUGGCAGUUUCCAGGCACUUGGGCUAGUCGGCCUGCAGGAGUCAGUGAGGUACGUCGCGGUCCUGAAGAAGACGACUCUUGCCCUUCAUCACCUCUCCAGUGGGCACCUCAAGUGGGUGGAACAUCUCCCAGAAAGUGACAGCAUCCACUACCAGAUGGUGUAUUCCUACGGCUCCGGGGUGGUGUGGGCCCUCGGAGUCGUUCCCUUCAGCCACGUGAACAUUGUCAAGUUUAAUGUCGAAGACGGAGAGAUCGUCCAGCAGGUCAGGGUUUCGACUCCAUGGCUGCAGCAUCUCGCCGGAGCCUGUGGCGUGGUGGACGAGGCUGUCCUGGUGUGCCCCGACGCAAGCUCACGUUCCCUGCAAACUUUGGCCCUGGAGUCGGAGUGGGAAUUGAGGCAGAUCCCACUGCAGUCUCUCGACUUAGAAUUUGGAAGUGGAUUCCAACCCCGGGUCCUCCCCACACAGCCCAACCCAGUGGAUCCAUCUCGGGCCCAGUUCUUCCUGCAGUUGUCCCCAAACCACUACGCUCUGCUGCAUUACGAUCACGGGGCCCUGAGUUUGCUGAAAAACUUCCCACAGACUGCCCUAGUGAGCUUUGCUACCACUGGAGAGAAGACGGUGGCUGCAGUCAUGACCUGUCGGAAUGAAGCGCAGAAGCCUAGCAAUUCUGAAGAUGGGUCACUGGGGAGCUUUUCGGAGAAGUCUAGUCCAAAGGACUCUCUGGCUUGCCUCAACCAGACCUACACCAUUAACCUCUACCUAGUGGAGACAGGUCGGCGGCUACUGGACACCACGAUUACGUUUAGCCUGGAACAGAGCGGCACUCGGCCUGAGCGGCUGUACAUCCAGGUGUUCUUGAAAAAGGAUGACUCAGUGGGCUACCGGGCCUUGGUGCAGACGGAUGAUCAUCUGCUAUUUUUCCUGCAGCAGCUGGCAGGGAAGGUGGUGCUGUGGAGCCGCGAGGAGUCCUUGGCAGAGGUGGUGUGCCUGGAGAUGGUGGACCUCCCCCUGACUGGGGCGCAGGCUGAGCUGGAAGGAGAAUUUGGCAAAAAGGCAGACGGCUUGCUGGGGAUGUUCCUGAAACGCCUCUCGUCUCAGCUUAUCCUGCUGCAGGCGUGGACUUCCCACCUCUGGAAAAUGUUUUACGAUGCUCGCAAGCCCCGAAGUCAGAUUAAGAAUGAGAUCAACAUCGACACCCUGGCCAGAGAUGAGUUCAACCUCCAGAAGAUGAUGGUGAUGGUAACAGCCUCAGGCAAGCUUUUUGGCAUUGAGAGCAGCUCUGGCACCAUCCUGUGGAAACAGUAUCUACCCAGUGUCAAGCCAGACUCCUCCUUCAAACUGAUGGUCCAGAGAACUACUGCUCACUUCCCCCAUCCCCCACAGUGCACCCUCCUGGUGAAGGACAAGGAGACGGGAAUGAGUUCUCUGUAUGUCUUCAAUCCCAUAUUUGGGAAGUGGAGUCAGGUGGCUCCCCCAGUGCUGAAGCGCCCCAUCUUGCAGUCCUUGCUUCUUCCAAUCAUGGAUCAAGACUACGCCAAGGUGUUGCUGUUGAUAGACGAUGAGUACAAGGUCACAGCUUUCCCAGCCACUCGGAAUGUCUUGCGACAGCUGCAUGAACUUGCCCCUUCCAUCUUCUUCUAUUUGGUGGAUGCAGAGCAGGGACGACUGUGUGGAUAUCGGCUUCGAAAGGAUCUCACCACAGAGCUGAGUUGGGAGCUGACCAUUCCCCCAGAAGUACAGCGGAGCCUGAAUCCCAACCUGCUGGCCGUGGUGACAGAGAGCACAGACGUACACCAUGAGCGCACCUUUAUCGGCAUCUUCCUCAUCGACGGUGUCACUGGGCGCAUCAUCCAUUCCUCUGUGCAGAAGAAGGCCAAGGGCCCUGUCCACAUCGUGCAUUCAGAGAACUGGGUGGUGUACCAGUACUGGAACACCAAAGCUCGGCGCAACGAGUUUACUGCACUGGAGCUCUACGAGGGCACUGAGCAAUACAACGCCACUGCCUUCAGCUCCCUGGACCGUCCCCAGCUGCCCCAGGUCCUCCAGCAGUCCUACAUCUUCCCCUCCUCCAUCAGUGCCAUGGAAGCCACCAUCACUGAGCGGGGCAUCACCAGCCGACACCUGCUGAUUGGGCUACCUUCCGGAGCAAUUCUUUCCCUUCCUAAGGCCUUGCUAGAUCCCCGCCGUCCCGAGAUCCCAACAGAGCAAAGCAGAGAGGAGAACCUAAUCCCGUAUUCUCCAGAUGUACAGAUACACGCAGAGCGAUUCAUCAACUAUAACCAGACAGUUUCUCGAAUGCGAGGUAUCUACACAGCUCCCUCAGGCCUGGAGUCCACUUGUCUGGUUGUAGCCUACGGUUUGGACAUUUACCAAACUCGAGUCUAUCCAUCCAAACAGUUUGACGUCCUGAAGGAUGACUAUGACUACGUGUUAAUCAGCAGUGUCCUCUUUGGCCUGGUUUUUGCCACCAUGAUCACUAAGAGACUGGCACAGGUGAAACUCCUAAAUCGUGCCUGGCGGUAAAGACCAAAGACUCUGCCAGAGAGUGGAGAGCCAAGGCAGAGUGUGGGUCAGAUGAGAAGCUACAGCUGCAGUCUGGCAGAUGGGUGGAGUAUGUGUGUCGAGUGCUCAUCUCAGUUAAGAGAUGUGGGGAAGAAGGUGGACCUUCCUGUAAAACCUUUGGGACAACAUGGUGCAGAAUCCUACCAUGGACCGAGACAUAACUCACUCUCAGCUGAGAAUCUCAAAGCCUCUUGAUUGACUUUCCCCUGAAGUCUGGAGGCUGCUAGGUUACUUCCUUCCUUUGCCCAUCCCUGAAUGUUCUGUUUCUUAAUAAGACCUCCAACAGAUUUUUCUGUUUUGUGAGGUCUGUUUCAUUUGGUUUUAGUAUGCCUUCUGUGUUUAUCUAGAAAUCUUUCUUUUUCCCUGUCUCUUGCUUCAAAGUCUGAAGGGAACUCUUCUUGCCAACUCCACCUUUAUAGGUGACUUGCUGAUUUACAUUAAGGAGAAACAGGAUCCGUCCUUAGCUGAGGUUUCUCUCCAAAGUACCUUAGGUUGAGGAAUCUGUACAUGGUGUCAAAACUAAUUUUAACUAAACCUGCAGUUCCAUGCUCUCAUUUAUUAGGUUGGGCCACCCAAUCUUUGUUGCAAUUUAUCAAAACCCAAGUCCAUAAGAGCAUCCUGGUUGUUGGUCAUUGCUUAUGCUUUUCACCUGAUAUGUGUCAGAGCUGAGGCCUUUUAAAAACUACUGAAUUCUCUAAACCUUGAAGAGAUUUCAAGGGAGGAGAGAGAAUCUCAUUUCACCCACAGGCCGGUCUAGUCAUAACCUAGUUAAAGAAAGAUGUCCUUGUUUAAGAACCCCAUUAUUUAUUU